GCAGCAGCAGUAUAAAUCAGACGUGGGAAGCGGAGGAGAAGCAGGAAUGAAAGACAAUAGAAACCUUCACAAAGACCACGCUUCUCGAGGCUCUUGUCGUCUUUUUGAUAUUUUCCUAUACUUAACACUUAAGGUUUUGGUCAAGAAAAUGGCCACCUCAACAAGUUCUAAGCUGAACAAAGCUGUUAAGCAGCAGUAUAUGGACCUCCCUCAGGGGGACAAGGUACAGGCCAUGUACAUCUGGAUCGACGGUUCCGGAGAGGGACUGCGCUGCAAGACCAGAACUUUGGAUUGUGAACCCAAGACGAUCGAGGAUCUUCCUGAGUGGAACUUUGAUGGCUCCAGCACGUACCAGUCAGAGGGCUCCAACAGCGACAUGUUCCUGAUCCCCGCUGCCAUGUUCAGGGACCCGUUCAGAAAAGACCCCAACAAGCUGGUGCUCUGUGAGGUGCUCAAGUACAACCGCAAGCCCGCAGAGACUAACCUGCGCCACACCUGUAAACGGAUCAUGGGCAUGGUGGAGAAUAACCACCCGUGGUUCGGCAUGGAGCAGGAGUACACUCUCCUGGGCACAGAUGGACAUCCCUUCGGCUGGCCCUCCAACGGCUUCCCGGGUCCACAAGGGCCUUACUACUGUGGAGUGGGAGCAGAUAAAGCGUACGGACGAGAUGUAGUGGAGGCGCAUUACAGAGCCUGUCUGUAUGCUGGGGUUGACAUCUGUGGCACCAAUGCUGAAGUCAUGCCCGCUCAGUGGGAGUUCCAGGUUGGGCCUUGUGAAGGUAUCAACAUGGGGGACCAUCUGUGGGUUGCUCGCUUCAUCCUUCACAGAGUGUGUGAGGAUUUCGGCGUGGUGGUCUCCUUUGACCCCAAACCAAUCUCGGGGAACUGGAACGGCGCCGGCUGCCACACCAACUUCAGCACCAAGGAGAUGCGAGAGGACGGCGGACUGAAAAUCAUUGAGGAGUCAAUCGACAGGCUGGCGAAGAGACACAUGUAUCACAUCCGGGCCUACGACCCCAAAGGUGGGCUCGACAAUGCCAGACGCCUCACCGGCCGCCACGAAACCUCGAGCAUCGACGCGUUCUCGGCCGGCGUGGCCAAUCGGGGCGCCAGCAUUCGCAUUCCUCGCUUGGUAGGGCAGGACAAGAAGGGCUACUUCGAGGACCGCCGUCCGUCCGCCAACUGCGACCCGUACAUUGUGACGGAGGCGAUGGUGCGCACGUGUUUACUCAAAGAAGAGGGAGAGGAGCCCACAGAUCACAGCAAAUGAACAGUCUUAAGACCACGUGUCAUUACCAGUACGACAUCUAGCCAUGUCUUUUUUCCAGACUUUAUGGAUUGAUUUUGACCAUUCUCAUUUUUAAUCCAGGUGUACCUGCAUUCUUAACCUCUGACACAAUCACUGCCACAACAUGUUUUGUCGUGGCUGAGAUCAUGUAAAGAAUGACAACUGUACUGUGUUUAACGUGGACGAGUGAAAAAACUGUCUACACCUGCAGCAGGGCUUUUCUGCAGAUCUUAUAACUGACCCAAAGGAUCCCAUGUUUCCCAUGAUCCCAUGUUUUUUAGCAGUCUUUGCCUUUGUCACAAUGGUGGUUAUAUAUUUUGUGUAUAGAAUAAGGUCAUAUGUAAGCCAAUCUACAUUUGUAUGGUUUAAAUCAUUCCUAUAUGUUUUUCCACGUGUCAUUGUCAAAGAGAUAAACCGCUAACAUUUUUUAAUCUGAUUUUGAACAGUUUAAUCCUGUGUGUAUCCUGUUUUGCCUCCAAUUAAAUUCUGGCAUGCCUGUUGGUCCCAUGCAGACUGUCAUCUGA